GACAGAUUAAAGGCGAAGAUAUUUCAGAUAUUAGAACGUCUGCUGCUGCAGUGGCUACAAAGUAGCACAUGUAUCCCAAGGGGAGGCAACAUUUUAUCCUUUAGCAUCUCGACUUAAGCGGUUUUAAAAUUGAGUUUGUGGCUAAACUGUCACUUUUAGCUGUUAAAUAUUUAGUAUAAUUGACUCCUACAUCAGAGUUAACUCUGUGUGUGGCGAGCUGGGAGGCUGAGCAGAGCAGGAGGAGGGGUAGGGGGGUCUGACGGCAGAUGCCUUUGCAGCAGAGGACCAAGGAGGAUGUUAGUGUGUGUGUGUGAGUGUGUGAGUGUGUGUAGUGUUGCGGGACAAAAUGCGGAUAGGACUUUGCUUGAACACCGACUCGGCGACGUGUAAACUGUCGUGGAUGUAGCAAUCUAAGCCGCAGUGGCGGGGACGACAUUCUCGACUAGUUUAAAUAAGAUGGAUGGGACGAUUUUUGGAUGCUGCACUUGUGCAAGACAGCGUCACUUCUGAGGGAAAUGUUGCUGUAACUGGGUUGCUACCAGUCUUAUCCUGAUUGACACAACUGGGAUAUUCUGCUGAGAUUUAUCACCCACAAGCUUGGUAACGAUGGAGAGUGGAGUUUUUCUGCCCUGUCUGGAUCAGUUCAUGCUGAGCCCACUUGUCACUUGGGUGAAGACAUUCAUGCCACAUGAUGACAGCAUGCAUUUGGACUUUUCUGUAUUACUGGAUGGAGUCUUUUUGAAUGACAUAAUGACACAAAUAAAUCCCUCAGCUACACCUCAGGGUGCAAACAAAGUGAGCAGGGAUCCAAAUCAGAGGAUCCAGAACCUGAAUGUCCUCGUCCAGCAAAUCAAGACGUAUUAUCUGGAUAAUCUGAGACAAUUAAUCAUGAUUCCUUUGCCAAACGUGUUGCUGCUUGGCAGGACUCCUUACUGUGAACAAAGUCUGGAGGAAAUGAAAAAGCUUUUGCUGCUGCUGUUAGGAUGUGCCGUCCAGUGUGAGAAAAAGGAGGAGUACAUUGAGAGGAUCCAGACGCUUGACUUUGACACGAAAGCUGCCAUAGCUGCACAUAUUCAGGAGUUGACCCACAGUCAGGAGAACGUGCUGGACCUGCAGUGGUUGGAGUCCAGUGAGGUGCAGCCAGAUGAGCUGGAGGCCAUCGCCAGGAACAUGGCCACGCACCUCCGACAUGUCCUGGACCAGAGGGACACCCAUCUAGAGACUAUUGCAGAUCUAAUGCAGGAAAAGGAAGGUGUGAUCAGCUUGCUCAAUAGUCCCUCCAGCCCGCAGUCCGGCAGCUACUCUCCCAGCAUGCAACACCAGACGGGGACUCAACAACACCUGGCGGUGGAGCUGGCUGACUCUAAGGCCAAGAUCAGACGACUGAGACAAGAACUAGAGGAGAAGAGUGAGCAGAUGCAGGACUGCAGACAUGAGCUGGAGAACAUGGAGACAGAGCUGAAGAGGAUCCAGCAGGAGAACUCCCAGCUGCUUGGAGACGCCCGUGCUGCUCGGACCUACCGUGACGAGCUGGACGCCCUGAGAGAGAGAGCUAUAAAGGCGGACAAGCUGGAGAGUGAAGCUGGACGCUACAGGGAGCAACUGCACAAGAUGGAGUUCUACAAGGCCAAAGUGGAGGAGGUAAAGGAGGAUAACAGGGUUCUGCAGGAGACCAAAGAGGUGUUGGAGGAUCAGCUGGCAGGAUGGAGGGCUCGCUCUGAUAAAAUCCACCAGCUGGAGAAGCACAGUCUGCUGCUGAAGGCCAGGGUUCAUGACAUGGAACAGGAGAAAGAGGCUGAUCGGAGGCGCAUCGAGGAGCUGCAGGAGGAGAACCUGGCUCUGUGUUUGGCUCAGAGGAGGACCAUGGAGGAGUCCCAACACCUGGGCUGGGAGUUAGAGCAGCUCUCCAAAACCACUGAGAAAUCUCAGGGCCAGCAGACUCUGGGCGAGGAGGUGAGUGAGAGGACCCGCAGUCGGAUGCUGAAGCUGGAGAAGGAGAACCAAAGUCUGUUGAGGAUCAUCGAGGAACUCAGAGCUGUGUCUAAUAACAACAGCGUGCAGCCCAAACAUGGCCGCCAGGUGUUCCGUGGCACCAAUCACUGUUCCUCAUCAUCAGAUGAACCCACGGGGCUGCAAACCACCUGCUCAGAUUUAGAAAACUGCACUAAUGUAUCCGCAGUAACAAGGCCGAUUCUGAAUGGAGAUUCAAACUGCCAUGAGCCACUCCACGCAGAAGAUCUGGAAGGAGACCAUAGUGAGAUCCUCCUCACAGAUAGUGCAGACCUUCAUAUUCAGGAGAAAGGACAGCUGGAGGACAGAGACGAUGGAGACCAUUUUAAAGAACUGAUGUCUGAUCUGGAAGUCUUAGAAAACAAUCACAAUAGGCUCCAUUGUUUUGUUGGAUCACGUGACGGCUCCCCUGGCUCCAAGAGCAGCAGUCCCCGCCAUGACAGCAUCUUCACAGGUCUGCCAACACGUUCCUCCUACGCCAGCAAGCACACACAGCGUCUGGAGGCCAAGUGCAGGGCUCUGGACACAGUGAACCAGCAUCUGCAGACUUCCCUCGAUAACACUGACCGUAAAGUCCAGCGCCUGGAGGCAGAGGUUCAGGAGCUGGAGGCAGAGAACCAGAGUCUUCAGGCCACGUUGGAGGAACUUCGGAUCUCUGCACGACGCCUGGAGCAACUAGAAACAGAGAAGCAAAGUCUGGAGCAGGAAACCACAGUCCUGGAGAGGGAAAAGAGGCAGCUAGAGAAAGAGAAUCGACGGCUCCGUCAGCAGGCUGAAAUACAGGAAGCCAACUUAGACAGCAGCAAUAUCUGUAUGGCCAGCCUGGAAAGGGAGAUGCGAUUUCUUGUAAAGGAGGUGGAGGGGUUGAGGGAGACUGCUGAGAGGGUCAAAGGCCUGGAGAGAGACAACAGAGAACUGACCAAGCAAACUGCUAUCGACCACAGGACCCUGGCCACCCUCAGAGAGGAGCUGGUAAGUGAGAAGCUGAAGACCCAGCAGAGAGAUAAUGAACUGGAGAAGCUGGCUCACGAUUUAGAAAUGAAGGUCCUGAACCAGGAGAGUUUACAGGACGCUGAACAAGAGGAGGCACCAGACAACAGCAGGUUCAAGAUGCUGGAGUCGGAAUUGGAGUCAUCUCUGAAGAAAUCUCUGCAGAUUAAAGAGGACAAGAUGGCGGCUUUGGAAGCUCGUCUGCAGGAAUCCUCCACCCUGAACCUGCAGCUGCGCCAAGAGCUUAAGACUGUGAAGCUGAGCUAUGAGGCCUUGCAACAGAGGCAGGAGGAGGAGUGGACAGCAUCAAGUUCCAGCCCUCCCAGUGAGACUGGCAAGGCUAUGAGCGAGUGGCUGAGAGAAAGCCAGGAGGCCACCAAGGAGCUGCUGAAGCUCAAAGACCGUCUCAUUGAAGUGGAGAGGAAUAAUGCGACACUAGAGGCAGAGCGCCAGGCUAUGCAGGCCCAGCUGAAACAGCUGGAGAGCCAGUCGGACAGUCAGCAGGCUCAGAUCCUCGCCCUGCAGAGGCAGGCUGCCUCCCUGCAGGAGAACAACACAGCCCUGCAGACACACACUGCUAACCUGCAGGUGGAGAAAUCCACUCUGAACUCUCAGAGCGCCUCCCUCAUGGCCCAGAAUGCUCAGCUGCAGCAGCAGCAGUCGGGGACAGAAAGCGAACGUGAUGGCGCCAUACGGGAACGCGAGGAGCUGCGCGGUGUUCACGAGCAGCUACUGCGAGAUCACGAGCGGCUAGCGGCGCUGCAUGAGCGACAAGCCAUGGAGUGUGAGACCCUGAUGGGCAAACAUGGCUGUCUGAAGAACGCCCAUCGCACUCUGGAGCUGGAGCAUCGCACACUGCAGGACAGAUAUAAUAGCCUGUUGCAGAAGGGGACCAAGCUAGAAGACCUGGAGAAAGCCCUGAAGGAGGAGCAGAUGAGGAUGGCUCUGGAGAAAGAGCAGCACAGGACCACUGCCUCUGAGUGUCGUAGGCUCCGAGACGAGAAGGACUGGCUGAACCAGACGUACCGUCAGCUUCUUAAUGACAACGAGUUGCUGACGGUGGAUCACAAGGAGCUGAAGAGCCAGCUGAAUGAGGCCAAGCUGGAGCACACCUGGCUGGAGGCCGACUUCUCCAAGCUGAAGAAGGAGUUUCAGCAGCUGGACAUCACCUCCACUAAGCUCACCAACCAGUGUGAGCUGCUGAGCCAGUUAAAGGGCAACCUGGAGGAAGAGAAUCGCCACCUGCUCAGCCAGAUCGAGACCCUGAUGCUGCAGAACCGAACCCUGCUGGAGCAGACGAUGGAGAGCAAGGACCUGUUCCACGUUGAAGAGCGACAGUAUAUUGACAAACUUAAUGAUUUGAGGAGGCAGAAGGAGAAGCUGGAGGAAAAGAUAAUGGACCAGUACAAGUUUUAUGAGCCGUCGCCUCCUCGUAGACGUGGAAACUGGAUCACACUGAAACUGAAGAAGUUGAUUAAAUCCAACAGCCGAGAGCACGGACCCGACCGCCCACCCACUCCCACACACUCUGGCAUGGCCGAGACACACCUCCCCUGUCACGACAACAGCUCUUUCAUCAGCUCAGAUGGCUCUGGAGGCUCAGCCUCCACCUCAGUGGGUGAUGCCAUCUCCCCCCAGCGUACCAGCACCACCAAAAUGUUUCCCCGUAUGAGGAACAGGCUGAAGGACAGAGACAAAGUCAAGUCCCUCUUCCGUCGUUCCAUGUCCCUGAGCAGCCUGGCGUCCCCCUCGGCCCCGUCCAAGGAGGAGCGAUGGGCAGCCAGCUCAGAGCAGCUGGACGGGUCAGAGGCUGAUGUGGAGGAGGACAGGAAGAACGCAUUGUCCUCAUCUCUUACCACAUCCAUCUUGUCCAUCCUCCACCUUAAUCUCCCCACCACUCCUCCACCAUCUGGCCACCACGUCACCAUCACAACCACUGACUCCACCGACACUGUUCCAGAUGUUUCUGAGCUCUGGGUGACAGACAAGGAGUCAAACGACAGCGCUGUGCCAUCUGGAUUUGAGGACAACGAGGAGCUGCAGCAUCACGGGCUGAACGGCGCCCAGAGUCGAGCCCAGAGCGAGAGCAGUGGUGAGUUCAGCAUGAGCCUGGACAACGAGCCGUGGUCCAACGGCAGCAGCCCCGUCCAGCAGCCUCCGUCACGCCGCUCCUCCUCCUCCUUCCAGCCCCCCAGCGACGCCUCCACCCCCCAACACAAGCAGAAAGCUGCCACCAUGCCCCUCACUACCAGCCACGCUCCAGCUACACCAAAACAGAAAGCGCCCGGCCUCUCUCAGGACUUCUGGCUCACCAGGGGCACAAAGAGCAUCCGCAGGGGGUCGAGAGGGAAAGUGACGCGCCGCUCCUCAGACUCAGCGAGCGCCGUCAAAAUGAACCCAGGAGGCCUCAACGGGAUGAGUUCAAAAAUCAGCUCGAGCAAAGCCGAGACCAGCAGAGCGUUGGUGUGUUCCCCCAUCACGGUGCUGUACGUGCAGGGCAAGUCAUCUUCCAUGUCGGGCUGCCUCAACUGCUUCUCCACGCCGCUGGGGAAAGAGGGCCGCCUGAAAGGCCCCAAGUCCCCAAAGAGCCUCCCCCGAGCCAGCAGCGUCAUCUCCACAGCGGAGGGCUCGUCCAGGCGCUCCAGCGUCAACAGUGACUGCAGGGUGGCGGUGAAGGCCGACCCGCUCUCCGUCCUGGUUUCAGAGGAGAGCGGUAAUCAAGAGGAAGUGAGUCCGCCUGAACCAGAGACCAGUAACAGUGAACCAGGACUCAUUCCUCCAGUCAAACCUCCCAGAGACCCAACAGCCGUCGUCCCCACAGACGGUGGCCCCAAAUCCCCUAAAUCCCCCGUGCAGGAGUCACUUUUUGGCUCCUCGUUCACUUUUAACUCCGUCUUCUCAAACACUAUCUUCAGCGAUUCUGUGGUCACCACCAUGUCCAGUAUGGACGCCCUGGACACCAACAACCACACCUCCCUCGGUCUGGAUCCGUCCGUGCAGCCACCAGAGAGCCACGAGGCGGCUCCUGGUGCACCACAAACACUGGAAGAGCAGAGUCAACCUGCAGAAGGUGCAGCCGGACUGGAGGAGAAGGACAAGACGCUCACCAUUGCAUGAAAGCAGCAGAAUCACUGAAUAUUGGGCCUCAUGCAGCAACAUUCUCUUUUUUUUUUUUUUAUAUUCUUUUUAUUGCCAAGUUCACAUUGGUUAGAAUACAUGUUUCACACAAAGCAAUCAUAGUUUUAUAUGCUUUUUUGGUAUACAAGAAUAAAAGUUAAACCAAAACCAAAACAAUAACAAACAAACCAACAAAAAACAAAACAAACAACAACACGGCUGUAUCUUAAAACAUAAAUAGAUUGGAUAUGACAAAAUGGCGGAUUACCACACAACUUGGGUACAGUGUCCAAACAACAGCAACAAGAAAAAGAAAAGUGCCGACCUGAGGCAGAGGGAAGGAUUAGCUUCCAGUCAGUAUGAUCACUUAAUUGGAAUCAUUCAAAUUUUAACAUGAACCUCUCUCAGGUCCUUCAGAAAUUUUAAUACUGGCUUCCAUACUUUAUCAAAAAUUGCCCACCUGCCUGAGCAACAUUCUCUUACAUUUCUUUUUUUUUUGACAUUUUUUAUUUUUAUUUUGUGAGAGCAUUAUCAUACAGUGCUUACUUUCAGACAAUAUACAAUAGUAUUUCUGCCACUCACAAUCAAGGUUUUUUGUUUACAAAACAAGAAACAAGAUACAGAAAGUUAAACUUUUUACAUUUGAGAACUUUGAACAAACUGGGAAAGGUAGACAUAUGUGAAAGAGCAAAUAGAAAAAAGAAAAAGAAAUUAUCCACCAUGGAGUUUCAAAAUUAAAUAUAAGUAAUACAAACUAAUCAUUAGACCCAAUAAAACAUAGUACAAUGUUACAGUACAAAACAGCAUUACAGGGUCUCUCUUACAUUUCUAUUAUAUUUUCUCCUAAAAAAAUAAGAAAAGUCAACUCCAGAUUCCAGAUGCUCCAAACGUUCUUUGAUAAUGUGAUAUUCAUGUUUUUUUUUUAAUGUUUUGCUUUUAUGUGGACUGUUAAAAUUAGAUUUCUUUACUCUUUUUUAAUAGAAAAAAAGAGAAGACAAAAAAAAGAAACAAUAUCGGUGAAUCCCAGAAAUCAAUGGGUACUUAUAAAAUAAGAACAAAUGAUGGAUUCAAACGAAAAUAAAUUAAUUUGCAUAUUGCUCUCCUGCGUGAGGCCCAAUGUGUCAAAUUUUCAUCACAUCAACUGAAGCACACAAUGUAAGUCACUGUAAUUUAAUAUGUUUGUAUUUAAUUCCACCGACUACCUAAUUAACGAUACAGUUAACUAUACAGUCAUAUUAAAAGGUGUAAGUAAAAAAAAGAUGUUUAGCUUGUGAUUUUUUCCCUCACAGCUUUAGUAACAUUACAGCUCUUACGGCAUAUUAAUAUACCUGAGUUAUAGCUCAAGAGAUUCACAGUGUUAUUUUUCCAUCCUGGUUUGUGUUUUUGCACAAUUUCUGUUUAAUAUAACUGAAUAACAUGCAGAUAGUUGUCUUGUCUUUGGCCAUUUGAAAUUAGAUUGGUGUUGUGACUCCAGCCUGUUUACCUUUCCUUUACCACACUGACAAUCCUGUUCUGUAUAUUUGUGUUUGCCAAAAUAUUUUGUUCAUUUCUGCUGUUUCUAUUUAUGUCUGUCACUCUGACAGAACUUUUAAAUUAUUAUAUGUUGAUUUCCGUGUAUGUUAGAUUUAAGUGUGAGCCUGGGUUGAAAUUGUGUAAGAAACUGUAAAUCUUGUAAAAUAGGAUGUGUACCUGAAUGCUAUUUUCCCUAAAAUAAAGAAACCCCCUAU